AUGGCAGCAAUAGGCAGGCGUGGCAGUUUAUUGAUCACAUCUCUCCAGGGAACACCAAUGUUAACUGUAGGUAACAAAAGAAUGUAACGAACCAGACCAACAAAGCUCCAGGUAGCUGUCCGGCCGUGGCUUCCAUGGCACAGUUUUGUUACAUUCUUGGUCCCUCAAACCUUAGACUAAAGCACAGCAGUUUCAGAUUUUGCUUCCAAAGUCCUAUUUAUAGAAAGAAUGCACUCUCUUUUAUCUGUACAAAAUUCCAUGCAAAGCCACCAUUGCUGUCUUCUUCCAUCGUUUGUUCAGCUGCUAAUAAGCCCUCUUCCUCCUCAGAAAUUAGUUCUGAUGCGAGGAUAAGGAGUGAAGUUCUAUCUCCCUUUCGGUCCCUGCGGAUGUUCUUCUACCUCGCGUUCAUCGCCAGUGGUGCGUUGGGAGGAUUAAUCGCCACCACACAGUUAAUUGCUUCCCUCACCAAUCCGGCGAGAUCAUCCGAAGUCCCUGAUACUUUAACGACUCUCGGCAUCGACGUCGGAGCGGUAUCCGUCUUUGCAUUUCUGUAUUUCAGGGAGAACACUGCCAAGAACCGGCAACUAGCCAGACUAUCAAGAGAAGAAAGCCUUUCCAAUCUUAAGCUCCGAGUGAAUGAAAAUAAGAUCAUUCCGGUCAGCAGUUUGAGAGGAAUUGCUCGUCUCGUGAUAUGUUCCGGCCCUGCAUCUUUCAUCCUAGAGUCAUUUAAACUUAGUGAGCCAUUCACUGAAAGGCUUCUGGAAAGAGGGGUGCUGGUGGUUCCUUUCGCUACGGAUGGGAAUUCGCCUGGUUUCGACUUCGAUGAGAGUGAAGACAUGAAGGAUAUCACUGCAAAAAGAAAGAAGCUUUGGCAGUUGAACCCGGUUUAUGUGCCCGAGUGGACCGAGUGGUUGAAUGAACAAAAGAAGUUGGCUGGUGUUUCCCCUGAAUCUCCUGUCUAUUUAUCUCUGCGCUUGGAUGGUCGGGUGCGUGGAAGUGGCGUUGGUUACCCUCCUUGGAAUGCUCUUGUUGCUCAGUUGCCACCGGUAAAGGGGCUAUGGUCAGGUCUUCUCGAUGGAAUGGAUGGAAGAGUUCUUUGAAAGGAAGGUUAGUUUACCUUCUAUAUGAUUCAAGUUUAUAGGUUUUCAUGCAGUUGCAGUAUGUAAUAUGUACUAAUUUAUUCUUUAAUUAACACAGACACAUAUAUAUAUUGUUCAUAUUGUAAUUGAAUUCUGUUUAAGAUGAUUUGGGUUUAGUUUCUUGUCGGGUUUUUGUUCAACAAGGAAUGAGAUGAUGAAACAAGGAUAGUAUAAAUUAUUCU